GGAGGGGAAGACAGAGGAAGAAAAUAAACAGUAACCGCUUUUACCGGCCUGUGCAAGCCCCCUUACGGAGCUGGGGUUCCCUCCCACCAACCGAACGAGCUCCGCCCUCACGCUCCGCCUGCGCCGGGGGAUCAGCUGACCGCGGGCAGGCGCAGUCACGUGGCUGGGGCGCGCCCGCCCGUUGUGGCCAUGGCGGCCGCAGGUUCCAGCGUGGUGAGGCGAGUGGAAGAGCUCGGGGACCUGGCUCAGGCCCACAUACAGCAGCUUAGCGAAGCUGCCGGCGAAGAUGAUCACUUUUUAAUUCGGGCCUCUGCAGCUCUAGAAAAAUUGAAACUUCUGUGUGGAGAAGACAAAGAAUGUUCAAAUCCAUCAAAUCUUCUAGAACUUUAUACACAGGCUAUUUUGGACAUGACAUAUUUUGAGGAGAACAAACUAGUAGAUGAAGAUUUUCCUGAAGACUCUUCACAGAAAGUAAAAGAGCUGAUCAGUUUUCUUUCAGAACCAGUAAUUUUAGUUAAAGAAAAUAAUAUGCAUCCAAAACCCUGCGAUUUGCUUGGGGAUGAACUCCUAGAAUGUCUCUCUUGGAGACGGGGAGCCCUACUCUAUAUGUAUUGUCAUUCUCUGACCAAAAGGAGAGAGUGGCUCACAAGAAAAUCCAGUUUGCUUAAAAAGUACCUUAUUGAUGGAAUCAGUUACUUGCUACAGAUGCUAAAUUAUCGGUGUCCUCUCCAGUUAAAUGAAGGAGUUUCUUUCCAAGAUUUAGACACAGCUAAAUUACUGAGUGAAGGAAUAUUUAGUGACAUUCAUUUGCUGGCUAUGAUGUACAGUGGAGAAAUGUGUUACUGGGGAUUGAAGCAUUGUGCAGAUCAACAGCCAGAAAAUCAUGAAGUGGAUUCUGGUGUUUCUGGAGCAAGCUACACAACACAAAAAGAACCCUUGGAUUUCCGAGAAGUAGGAGAAAAAAUUUUGAAAAAGUAUGUAUCUGUGUGUGAAGGACCCCUGAAAGAACAAGAAUGGAAUACAACAAAUGCAAAACAAAUUUUAAACUUCUUUCAGCAUCACACUAACCAGUAAGUUCAUCUGUUCCUUUUCAAACAGGAAAACAAAACAACCCGUGAAAUGGAAAAGUUCCAGAAAAGAAGACAUAUUGACACUGUUUAAGAAUGUUACACUACAUAAAGAUAUCCAGCCUGGUUACCUAUUUUAAUGCCAUCGCCAUUUUACAUUAUAUGUUUUUAAAUCUAUGAAAGAACGAUUCUUUAAUUUCUAAGAUGGCAUGUAUGUUAUUCUAACUCAGCCUGAACUGCAGAUAUUCUAUAACUAAUACUAAGUAGGAAUCGAGUUUAGCUUUACAAGUUUUUUUUUUUUAAUUAGUAGGUUUUUUUUAUUGUGACAUAAAAUUGACCAUUUUAAAUAUCUUUAGGUUAUUUUUAAAUCUAUCUUGAAGUUUACUGUGCUUCAGAGAUUAAAAUCAAGUCACCUUAUUGCUUUAGAUAUAUGCUAAGGAUCUAAAAAUUGGCAAAGUAAAAAAUUACAACUAGUAUUCAGACUCCAUUUCCAGAAUAAGAUAAUGAAAGAUGCUACAAAAGAAAUGUUUCAUUUUUGUUUUACCAUUACUCAUGGUAAAACAUUUAUAAUUUUUAUGCUUUUGGGCAUUUUAUAAAAAUUUUCAAGUGAUUUUCCUAUUUUGUUUAAAAAACAAAUGGUUUAUCAAAUGAAACCAAGUUAGGUUAGUCCAUCAUUAGCUCAUAUGUGUUUAGCGUGCACCUUUUCAUAUGUAUUGAAAUUUUAAUAUUUUUGUCUUUAAUAGUAGAGAUGAGUGAUAAAGGCCAGAGAACCUGACUUGCUAUCUUGCUUACAGUAUUUCUGUCUACCUCGGCUCCUGUUGUCAUGUUGGGAUGAUCUAAUAACUUGCUGAUAAUCUUGACUUCUGCACCAGUGACUUCAUCACAUUCCAGGAACUUACUCCCAUGGCUACACCUUGAAUGAAUAUCACCAUCUUGAGUUUCUCUUUCUGAAAUCUUAAAUUUCAGUAAUUGAUGACAAUUCACAUCUUUCCAGCUUUUCACUUCCUCAUUUUUACUAAUUUUUCUUUCUCCUUUAUUUCUGUUCUAUCUCUUUAGCUUCUUCACAGCGCUCUUCUCUUGACUGUUCCUUUCUCUCCUAAACCAUCAGCCCCUUUCAGAUUUUCUUCCUUCCCUAUCCAGCCUCAGCCUUAUAUGGGACACCAGAUGAAGUGUUCUCCACAGUCCCUUCAAGUCCAUUGUCCCAUUGUCUUUCAGUCUAACCAUUCUGCAAGUAUCAGCAUUGAAUUAAUCCUGUCACCCACCUUUUCUGGAAUGCUGCAUUCCAUGUGAAGUACAUGCAGCCCUUCAGAGUGUAAUCCCUGUAAGUAUCUCAGCUUCAACUUUAGGAGAGCCCUCAAUAUAAGCCUUUUGUUUGUUUCUGGUGUCGCUCCUCUCCUUUUUCCAUGGUGGCUAAUCUAAACCUCUCACUUUCCUCAUGAGGUCCUCUGUCCCCUCCCCUAGGAUAUGGCUCUUGGUCCUAUCUUACAGAGAAUUGAGACUAUGAGGACUUAAACUUCUAUUUCCCAGCUUUGCCCUACUCAUUUUCCCCAUUUUUUACUUUAUUUUAUUUUAUUAUGUUAAUCACCAUACAUCAUUAGUUUUUGAUGUAGUGUUCCAUGAUUCAUUGUUUGCAUAUAACACCCAGUGCUACAUUCAGUUCGUGACCUCUUUAAUACCCAUCACCAGGGUAACCCAUCCCCUCACCCCCUCCCCUCCAGAACCCUCAGUUUGUUUCUCAGAGUCCAUAGUCUGUCAUGGUUCGUCUCCCCUUCCGAUUGCCCCCCCUUCAUUUUUCCCUUCCUACUAUCUUCUUUUUUUUUUUAAUCACAUGAUGUAUUAUUUGCUUCAGAGUUACAGAUCUGUGAUUCAACAGUCUUGCACAAUUCACAGCGCUCACCAUAGCACAUACCCUCCCCAGUGUCUGUCACCCAGCCACCCCGUCCCUCCCACCCCCCACCACUUCAGCAACCCUCAGUUUGUUUCCUGAGAUUAAGAAUUCCUCAUAUCAGUGAGAUCAUAUGAUACAUGUCUUUCUCUGAUUGACUUAUUUCUCAGCAUAAUACCAUCCAGUUCCAUCCAAGUCAUUGCAAAUGGCAAGGUUUCAUUCCUUUUGAUGGCUGCAUAACAUUCCAUUGUAUAUAUACACCACAUCUUUUUUUAUCCAUUCAUCUGUUGAUGGACAGCUUGGCUCUUUCCAUAGUUUGGCUAUUGUGGACAUUGCUGCUAUAAACAUCGGGGUGCACAUUUUCCCCAUUUUUAGAACGAAAGAGGUUGCCUGUUGAAAGCCAGUCUCUGCCUAUCCUCAUUUCCCCUGGGGCUUCUUUUUUUUUCUGCCUACCCUUUAGGUGUUAUUCUUCCCUGGAGGUCUAUCCUUCUCUUUAUCCUCUUCUCCCUCUUUUCCUUUCUUCUUUCUUUCUCUCUCUCUCUCUUUUUAUUUACUCUUAGGUGAUGUCAUUCAUAGCCAUGGCUGCUUCUGACACCUAUAAUGUUAAGCUGACUUCUAGCCUUGCAACUUGAAUCCCAGCUUCUGCUCUCUGAGCCUUCUUUCUAACUGCCUAUUAAAUGUCUUCACUUAGAUAAUUUUAGUACUUUUAAAUUCAGUAUGUCCAAAUAACUAACCCUUAUCUUUCAUCUAAAAUCUUUUUUUGGUUCAUGUUUUGGUUGUUUUGAUCUUUCACAGUGCAGGGCAACAAAGAGUGCCAUAAUCUAGUUUCUGUCUACCUUCCCUGUUUUACCUCUGCAAUGCAUCCUAUGUAAUCAUGUUCUAGUCUAGUGUUCCUCAAACAUUACAAACCCAGGCUCCUUUUUGAUAAACAUUCUGAUAGAGCCUCUUGGUAUAAGGAAAAUCUCUCCCUAUCUCUCCCCCUGUCUCCUUGCUUAACCUUACACAACUAAGAUUUUUAUUUAACAUAGCUUUUUAACAAGUUUUACUAUAAACAUACCUUUUGUGCUUUCUAAGUAUAAAGAUUUAAAUCAUUUUUAGUAUGGUUUUAGAACCACAGACUGCCCUCCCCCACCCCUUUUGGAGCAUCAUGAUCAGUUAGUACUUUGGUUCCUUUCCUGACAUGCUAUGUGUUUUUUCCCCUCAGUAGUCUUUGAAGAUCUCAUUACUUCUGCCCUUCUUUGUGGCCAAGUGAAUACCUACUUAUUCUUUGGGACUCAGCUCCAGUGACACUGUAUCCCUAAGGCUUUUUCCAGCCCUUUCCACUCAAAGUUAGAUGUUCCUUUGCUUCUGCUCCCUUAAUCUUCCCUCUCAUGUUAUCAAACAGGUAACACUGCUUUAUGGUUCUUUAUGAGUUGGUGAACUCCAUAUUUAAAAAAAAAUUUAUCUUUAUACAUUGUGCUUAAUAAAUAAUAAGCCCUUAGUAAUUUUUUUUUUAAAUUUUAAUAAGAGACAUGGUUCUUAAGUGCAGAACUCUGCACAAAAGGGUUGCUGCUAUUGGAUUCCAAACUGCCAUGCCCUCUAUACCAGUGGUAGACAAGGCAAAUAAGGAAUUACUCCUCAGAGAAGUUAAGUAUUAUAUAGAUUUGGAACCUGAGAAAACCAUAACUUUCUCUUCAGAAAUGGGAACUUCCGUUUUGCCUUCAUGACCCUUGUGAACUACUUGGGUCCCUCACUGUUUGGUAUAGUUCUGAGGGUGCUACUGGGUGCUUUUUGUACUUUUCCAUCCCCCACACAAUUGGAGAGUAAUUUGUAGACCAUAACAGUUAUAAUGAUCUUUACUCUGGUGUAUUACAAAACAUGGAACAACAGAUUUUUUUUAUGUAUGUGUUAAAGCCUAUGUAAAUUCUGUUUCAUUUAGAAUGAAGUGUCUUCAAGAUAACAAAUACUCUACAUAAGGAAAGCAGUAUAAUUCCCUCAUUAACAAUUAUUAUGUGCCUACUACAUGCCAGGCUUCAUCUUAGGCAUUGAUGAUGUAGCUUUGUACACUUGAUCUUAGCCAAAAGGCCGAGAAGCGAUGAUAAAGCUUUGUAAAACACCAUUUUUUGGAGUUUAUAUUCUAGUGAAGGAAGUUACCACAUUUAAAAAAAAUAAAUUUAUAGUGUAUUAAAUGGUUAGCACUAUAAAGAAUAAAGCAGGGUAAAGUGCUUGUUAUAAUCUGGAAAGUAGUGCUAUUUUAUUUAUGGCGGUUGGGCAGGCAUUAGUGUUUUCAAAUUUUAUCCAUUUGGUUAAAUGCCUUGCACAUUCAGUACAUUCAUGAAGUUUCUUUCUUAUGGAAGUUCUGAUACAGAAUUAAGGAAUGAGUCAUUACUUAAGACCUUUUUACUUUGAUUACAUUUCAGGUCUUUUCUGCAGUGUGGGCUUUACUCAUGAGUGAGUGAUAACCUAAAGGCCUUGCUGUGUUUAUUACACUGGGGGUUUCUCUACAUUGAGUUCUUCAGUGGUUACGAAAACUUAAACUCUGUUAAAGGAUUUUUUCAUAAUUCUUACAUUUGUGUGGUUCUUUCCCAAUGCGAUUUUUUCUUUUUUUUUUAAUGUUAAGUAGGCUUUGAAACUUAAAGGCCUAUCUGCUUUGUGGCAUUUAUAGGGUUUCUGGCUACUGUGAAUUGUGUGAUGUUGAUUAAGGUGUAAAUCAUGACAAGACUUUCCCUCAUUCCUUUGCAUACAGUAGAGUGAGGUGAGAGUUAUGGCUAAAACCCUGCAAUAAAAUUACAUUCCAACUUUUACACUCCCACUGUGGAUUCUAUGAUGUUCCUUAAUGUGAGAACUGUGUCUGAUGGUAUUCUCAGAUUUACUUUAAUGGCAUUUUUAAAAACCCACAACUGGAUGACAUCCUAGUUUUGGAUUGCUUGUCACUUUUCUCUUGCCAUCUUCCAGGGCUCCAUUUCUGAUUCUAAUAAGAAUACCUUAUCUGCAACAGAAUCCAGGAUUCUGUAGUUCUCUAGUGUCACUUCUUGUAUUAUUUUUAACACAGUAUGAGAUAAUAUGUUAUUGGAAGUAUUAUAUUAAAAUACAUUUAAUGUAUCCACAAUUAAAGUAUGCGUUAUGUAUUCAUCCUGGUGUUCUUUACUGUUUUUCCUUUUCCUACUUCUAGUGAAGAUUUCCAAGUAAAAUGUUUUGGAGCAUAUAAAAUUUUUUUUUUUUAAUAAAACUAUAAUCCCAUA